AUGGCUUUGGUCUCUGACUCCUUGCUUUUCCUGGGAGAGCAUAUUUGGGCUUUCCUCCUCUCUGUUUUGGUGCUCCAUUUUACAAGAAGCUAUUUCACGCCGGGCGUGGCGUCCAUUCCGGGCCCACUAUUAGCAAAGAUAACCAAUUUGUGGAGGUUCAUCGACGUAGCUAAUGGUCAUGCCGAAGUGACGUUGUAUGAAUUGCACCAAAAGCAUGGGGACUAUGUUCGGCUUGGUCCGAGGGUAGUGAGCGUACAGAACCUGGAUGCGCUGAAAACAAUAUACGGAAUUAAUAAGGGGUACGAGAAGACGAACUUCUACCAUGUACAACAACAGCUAGCAAAGGGCAAGCCGACACCCACGCUAUUUACCACAACAGAUGAAGAGUUCCACGCAGCCAUUAAGCGACCCGUCUCAUCGGCCUAUUCAAUGAGUACACUGACUGAGUUUGAGCCCUUCGUGGAUACUACUAUCCAUACACUAUUCAGAAAGCUAGAUGAAUUCGUAGCAGAGAAGAAAGUGUGUGAUAUUGCCACAUGGCUGCAAUACUAUGCUUUUGAUGUGAUUGGUGAGUUGACCUUCAGUAAGCCACUCGGGUUCCUCGAUCAUGGGGCCGACGUGGAUGGAAUUAUCGCUGCACUUGAAAAAAUGCUAGACUACUCGGGAAAGAUUGGACAAAUGCCAUGGCUAGACUAUCUCUUUAUAAAGAAUCCAUUGCGACAGCUUGUUCAGGGUGGCUCAACGGGAGCGGUGGCGCGAUUUGCGCGAGCAAGACUAAACGAGAGACUUCAAGAGUCAGCAUCAGCCAAAAAAGGCCCAGUUGCACCGAUACCACUGCGCAGGGAUUUUCUUGCGCGUUUCCUGGAAGCGAAAAAAGAGCACCCGCAUAUUGUGAAUGACAAUCAGGUCUUUUCUUAUACUGUCAGCAAUAUGAACGCGGGCUCCGAUACGACAGCAAUUUCACUACGAGCUAUUUUAUACUACACACUGAAGAGUCCCAGAGUUAAGAGCAAGCUCUUUAAUGAGCUCAGUACAGCUUACAAGCAAAAACGAAUCACCAUGCCUGUUUCGUGGAAACAAAGUCAAGAGGAACUUCCGUAUCUCGAUGCGGUGAUCAGGGAAGCGCUUCGUCUGCACCCAGCUGUUGGGCUGUUGCUCGAACGUAUCGUCCCACCCUCGGGGCUUCAACUUCCAGAUGGGCCUUUCUUACCAGCUGGGACCAUUGUUGGCGCUAAUCCCUGGAUCAUUCAUCGUCAUGCUAUAUUUGGCAAUGAUGUGGAUUCUUUCAUCCCCGAGCGAUGGAUGCAGGUAGAUGGGGAGACAGAGCUCGAAUUCCAGGUCCGCAGACAGCAGAUGUUACGGGCGACCUUCACCUUUGGGGCUGGGCCCCGGACAUGCAUUGGAAAGAAUAUCAGCCUGCUAGAGAUCUAUAAACUCAUACCCUCGCUUAUACUAAAUUACCAGAUAGAACUCGAACAUCCUAAGCGAGAGUGGGAGACUACUAACGCGUGGUUUGUGCGGCAGAAACACAUGGAUGUUCGGCUGACCUGUCACAAUCCUGGGGCCUUUGAAGUUUGUGGAGGCGAAAAAUAA